AUGAUCAAUUGUGAGCUCGUAAAAUACCUUGUCGAAAACCACAAUGAUCUACUCGCCCCUCCCAUUUCGGGUCGUGUUGAAGACAUCGGGAUCAUGUUUGCAACGAGAAACGAUGCAAUGAGUUUGGAUAACGAGAGUGCUGAGAGCACUGGGCAAGCAGGACAAGCUGGACAGAAAGCGGACGAGUUUUGGAAUGAUUUGAUGAAUAUCGAGGCUAUUAGUCCCGGCUGCUUAAGCUUCGCUAAUUCAGCUGACCUCAGCAGACAGCACGCGACAAUCGACUACGUCGAUGUUGAAACGCUCGAAAUAAUGCAUAACUGCGUGGUUCCCGGUUCGUUUCAACGUCACAGCACGCGAAUUGAACAAAACUCGUCGAAACCAGGCAACUCUGCCAAUUCUUCAUCAUGGUCCUGUCGUCUCCACAGCAUACUUGAAUCCCAUGCUGCAGACACCCCAAACCAACAGACUUUGGACAGACUGAAUCAGGCUCUCAGCUUGAAGCCCGCCUCCUACCUUUUGGGCCGCGAAAGGGCCCGGAAAUUUACGCGUCACGCAAGUUUCAUCCCGAUCUGUGGUAACAAGAACCACUGUAGCGUUCUGUCCAGCAUUGCAGCUAUCUCCAGCAACAAAGUUGUUGCAAUGGACAUGAACAAGGUUCACGCUGCAGAACAGGACUGUCCUGGUCUGCUCAAGUGCGCCCAGUCCAAGAUACACUAUAUCUCUAACCUGAAACCGCAAACAGACGCGUCGCUCGGCGACUGCUCCUAUCUCGACACCUGCCACAAGCUCAACUCGUGUCGUUACGUCCACUAUUUGCAAUAUUUGCCUGAGUCACUAGCACAGGCGACCGCGAUCAAUGUCGCGCAGACAAACGAAGCCUCCGCUUCAAAAAGACACAUGUGUCUGUACACACAAGGCCUCAACUGUUCUGUGGCCUCAGCACCUACACUUCCAGCACAGUGGAUCCAAUGUGAUGUCCGUAAAUUCGAUUUCAACAUCCUAGGCAAGUUUUCUGUCGUCGUGGCCGAUCCUGCUUGGAAUAUUCGCAUGAAUCUCCCAUACGGAACUUGCAACGAUUCGGAGUUGACAGACUUACCACUCGAUCUUCUUCAGCAAGAAGGGAUCCUGUUUUUAUGGGUGACGGGUCGCGCCAUCGAAGUGGGCAAAAGCUCACUGCAGAAAUGGGGGUACCACGUCUGCAACGAAAUCUCCUGGAUCAAGACCAAUCAGCUUGGCCGUACCAUUGUGACCGGCAGAACCGGUCAUUGGCUCAACCAUUCCAAAGAACAUCUUUUGGUGGGUGUGAAAGGCUCUCCUAGGUGGCUCAACCGUCAAUCCGACGUUGACUUGAUUGUCUCUGCAAGCAGAGAAACCAGUCGCAAGCCUGACGAGCUCUACGGAAUGAUCGAGAGACUAGUGGGGCCCCAUGCACGCAAGUUGGAAGUUUUCGGACGUGAUCACAAUACCAGACCCGGCUGGUUCACUAUUGGCAAUCAACUAAAUGGAGAUAGGAUAUGUGAGAUCGAUGUCAAAAUGAAAUAUAACACUUACCUCCAGAAACAAAGGUCCCAAUCAGUUCCUCGAUAUUCAACUCUUGCUUGA